AGCACAUGACAUGUGUCACCACCUGCCAAGAGAGUGUGUGAAACAGAAGAUAGAAGAACAAGCUUCUAAAUACAAGCAUGCAGUGAUCAAGAAAUGCUGUUAUGAUGGGGCCAGACAGUACCUACAUGAGACCUGUGAGCAGCGGGCUGCCCGCGUGAAGAUAGGCCCGCUCUGUGUUAAAGCCUUCGCUCUCUGCUGUACCAUGGCCCAGGAGAUCCUAGACAACAGCACCUUUAAGCACAUCCAUUUGUCACAUCAUCGUUGAGGAAUUCCUGAAUUAAGCAGGUGACCCACCCAGCUGCCGGAGCAGUCAAGACAAGGACCUCCAAGAGAAGCUAGACAACUUCCACCGGAACUCAGCCUGGAGUUUGAGGGGGAAGGGUUUGCCCAAACUGUUAAAAGGUCUGGCGCCAUUAAAGUUUCCGGCCUUGAUCAGUGAAAUGUUGUCUUGGCCCUUCUUCUUUUCACCCCUUCCUCAUCCAUCCCUCAACUUCUGUUCCAGCAACCCAGUUCAUAAUAGCUGCAGGCAGCUAAGGAAUACAACAUGUGGGUAACACCCAAGGUGUGGUCCUGCUUCAC